CGCAGAGGGGGGGGGGGGGGGUAGGCAUCAUACCACCACCCCCAGGACGUGGCAAAGGGGUGGACAUCAUACCGCCACCCCAUGACAUGGUGAUGGGGGUGAUUGCCGAAUUUGGCUAAGGCAAGAAGUAUGGGAGCCACCCCCAGGACAUGCCAAGGGGGGUGGCCACCAUCAUACCACCCCCAGGACGUGGUGAGGGGGUGAUGGCCGAAUUUGGCUAAGGCAAUGAGUAUGGUAGCCACCCCCAGGAGGUACCAAGGGGGUGGCCACCAUCAUACCACCCCCCAAGACGUGGCAAGGGGGAUGGACAUCAUACCACCACCCCCAGGAGGUACCAAGGGGGGUGGCCAUCAUCAUACCACCCCCAGGAGGUACUAAGGGGGGUGGCCACCAUACUACCAGCUCCCAUGAGGAUGAUAUAGUGGUGGGGUGAUCCAUAUGACCCCAUGGGGGAUGCCCCCAAUGGUAUGGUGAGAGGGACCACCAACGUACCACCCCCAUGGUAUGAUCAGGGGGUGGGGGGUCACCAACGCCGGCUCUCAUGAGGAUGAUAUAGUGUUGGGGUGAUCCAUAUGACCCCAUGGGGGAUGCCCCCAAUGGUAUGGUGAGAGGGACCACCAACGUACCACCCCCAUGGUAUGAUCAGGGGGUGGGGGGUCACCAACGUCGGCUCCUAUGAGGAUGAUAUAGUGGCGGGGUGAUUCAUAUGACCCCCAUUGAGGAUGCCCAAUGGUAUGGUGAGGGGGUCACCAAUGUACACCCCCAUGGUAUGGCCAAAGCAAGGCGGUCAUGUGAACAUGUGGUCUCUUUACUCUACUAAUGGUGAAGUACUUUUUUGCCAUUUUUAACUCAUGUUAUUCAAAUACCCACCCAUAUGUGGUAAGUGGUAUUUCUUUAUGCCUUAGCCAUUUUUACUCUAUGGAUAAGCAAAACUACGAAGGAGAUGCCAAGAGUAGAGGUUGAGGUCUCAAGAGGAGGAAGUCAAGACUGAAGAGGAUCCCACAUCCAACACCAGGGUAACCGUCAUAGCAGUUGAGUGGGUAACCAUCACUCCACGUCAGCACAGCAGUUUCUUGGGGAAGUUACUUCUGGUGGCUAUAAAUAGGAGGUGAAGAUGACAGAGAAAAGGUUCGCUAAAAUCACACCAGACAACACAAUGUCAAAUUUUAUCCUUUUAUCUUUACCUUUUCCUCUGCAAAUGUAGUCAUAGCCAUAGUCGUAGUUUCGGAGCUCUCACUGAACCUCCAUAGGAGUAGAGUUAAUGUAAUUUAGUUUGCCUCGUAGAUCAUCAAGAACAUCGAACACCCUUGUUUGAACUUUGUUCAAAGAGGUGUGGACCGUGUUUGUUAAUCGUUUGUUUGGAAGUCAAAGGUGCAAAUCAAAUUGUGUUCAUCUAGAUUUUCUCGUCGGGAAAACAAUAUCCAAAACCACAUUACCUAGUUUGUACUUAAAAGCCAAUAAUACAACCAAUAUUCGACAGCUCAGGUCACGAAGGGAAGAUACCGGUCUCUCAUCUUGCGCAUUCAGAAGAAGAUGGCGCCGUGGAAGGCAAAACGGCUGUCCUUUGCCGCUCGUCUUACUGUGGCCAGAUCGGUAGCUGCUUCUUUACCCGUCUAUACUAUGCAUACAGAAUUAAUCCCGAGUGGUGUUUGCAGGAGCAUUGAUAAAAUCAGUAGAGAUUUUAUUUGGGGAGACGAGGAUAAUCACUCCAAGUUUCAUCUGGUGGCUUGGGAAAGAUUGACGAAGCCCAAGGCGCAAGGGGGAGUGGGAAUUCGACCGACCCGGCAGGCUAAUCUGGCCAUGCUUGCCAAGGGAGGGUGGCGGCUUCUCAGGGAUAAGGAGAGCAUCUGGCGGCAGCUCCUCCUCUCGAAGUAUGGGGGUCAGAGAGCCGAUCUUGAUAUUCUGCGAAAAGUUCAGGGAAGUUCCUUCACCUGGAGUAGCUUCUCUAAAGCUGCUGACCUUCUUAAGCAAGGCUGCGCGUGGAAUAUUAGGAAUGGGAGAAGAACUAAAUUUUGGUCUGACCCGUGGGUUUUGCAGGUGCCCUUGAAGGAGUUGGUGAUUGGAGAUGUACCGGAAAAUGCAAGUGAGGCAGUGGUUGCCGAUUUUGUUGAAGCGGACGGCAGCUGGCGUGUUGAGCUUCUCUCGGGGCGCCUUCCACCCGAAGUUAUCAGCAAGAUUACGAGCACGGCGGUAGACACUAUAUCUCAAGAGGAGGAUUCUCUUUUCUGGGGCCCAGCAGCAGAUGGUCGUUUCUCCACUAAAUCAGCUUAUGCUCUCCUCACGAAGCAAGACCAGCAGGAAACUGACGGUGUCUGGAAGGAGAUUUGGCGACUGCCAGUGCCUGAGCGUGUCAGGUGUUUCAUUUGGCUGGCGAUCCAAGGCAAGAUAGCCACGAACGUGCUGCGUUUCCAGAGGAAGGUAGCAGAGUCGCCAUGCUGUCAAAGGUGUACGGAGCAGCCGGAGACAGUGCUUCAUAUUCUUCGAGAUUGCGCCCCUGCGGCGUAUUUUUGGUGCCUCCAUGUCCCCCAGCAGAAGCAGCACGAGUUCUUCAGUGACAGUCAUGAAGGCUGGUUUCGUAAGAAUAUCAUGAGUAAGGAGGCCAGUAGUACGGGAAUCGAGUGGUCGGGUUUCUUUAGCAUGGCCUCUUGGUUGCUAUGGAAGAAUCGCACCACGGCAUCCUUUAAAGGGAUGAGUGCAGCUCUUUCAUCUUCUUCGCUGGCGCAUUCGAUCGUUACUAAGGCCAAACUUUGGAGUGACUCUUGGCAUGCCCCGGAGCUGUUUCUAAAUCACAAGAGGAAUCCGGUGGAGCGAGUCGCGGCAGCGGUUGGUUGGACACCGCUAUUGGAGGGCUGGGUCCUGCUUAAUACUGAUGGAGCGUCGAAUGGUAACCCGGGCCCAGCCGGAGCCGGGGGGAUAGUUCGGGACUCGAUGGGCAAUUGGCUGGGAGGCGUCGUUGCUAGCCUCGGAUCUGCAACGACUGUUUUAGCGGAAUUAUGGGCCAUUUGUUAUGGACUGGAUUUGGUUUGGAACCUCGGCUUUCGAGUAGUAAAGGUUGCCACAGAUUCCCAGCUGGCUAUUCAGCUGAUUCAGGAGAGACAUGAUCCCAUCCAUCCUUAUGCCACGCUUCUGAAUCUCAUUCGGAGAAAGAUUGGUCAGGAUUGGUUGGUUAGCCUGUCUCAUACGUACAGGGAAGGGAAUAGAACCGCGGACUGGCUCUCGAAGCACAGUCUCGUCUAUCCCUACGGUAAGUAUGAGUUGGCUGACCCUCCAUCAGGUUUGAUUCAUGUGCUGCAGGAUGAUGCUAGAGGUGUCACGUUUGAGCGCCAUGUAGUAGCGAACUCUUCUUCCCUCAUCUAAUCUCCUCCUGUAACUUUGCUCUUUCUUGGCGUUAGCCUCCUUUUUAUGCAAAAAAAUAAAAUAAAAAAGAGUAUCAUAGACGAAUAAACUUUUGGUUUUGAAUUACCAUAAUUCUACAUACACGUUAAUUGGGCUCAUGAGUAUUAAUGAAGAGGCAGCACAGCAAGCUAGCAGCUAGGUAAUUUGAGGACAGCGGCGGAUCCAGGGGGUGGCCACCCCGGGCCCCGGCCCAGCCUUUCUCUGGAUCCAUAGUUAGUAUAGGCCUUAUGAAUUUUUCGAUUUUAGAUAUUCGUAUCGUUAUUAAUUUAAAAUAAGAUUGGGUAUAAUUA